AUGGUCUGUAUAAGUGAGAAAUUAAAAAAGUUGAAGCGUGUAUUACAGAUUUGGAAUAGGGAGGAAUUCAGUCGGGUGGAGGAAAAAUUAAAAAAAGUGGAAGACCGUAUUUCUGAGCUGGAUACUAGAUUGGCCCAGCCUUAUUCAACGCAGUUGGAGAACGAAUGGUUGAAUUGCCAACAAGACCACUCCCAGUGGGUACAUAGAGAGGAAACGCUGGCCUGUCAAAAAUCCCGCACGAAAUGGCUGGUUGAAGGGGAUGAUAACAUAGGUUUUUUUCAUGCUUCCAUACGGUUCAGGAAACAAAGUAAGAGGAUUGUUAAAAUGAGGCUCGAUGAUGGACGAACAUUGGAUACAGGGGAGGCGGUUCAUGAAGAGGCAGUUGUAUUCUUCCAACGUUUGCUCUCAGUAGCGCCGAUUGCAAGCAACCUGGAUGAGAUGGAACUAGUUCAACCGGUGGUGUCCAUGGAGGAAAAUGAAGCACUGUGUACUGCACCGACUCUAGAGGAAAUCAAACGGUCCCUUUGGUCUAUGAUGGCUUGGGACAUUGUCAAAGAGGAUUUGUUGGAAAUGGUUGAGGAUUUCUUUGCAGGACAACCGCUUUCUACUUUCUUUGGGGCUACCAAUUUAGUCCUCAUUCCGAAGGUUGAUGAGCCUUUGGGCUUUGGUCAGUUUAGCCCGAUCAGCCUUUACUCGGUUGUCUAUAAAAUUAUGUCAAAGAUUAUGGUCUUUCGACUUGCGUUGUUAUUGGAAAAAAUUAUCUCGCCUGAGCAGGCAUCAUUUAUUUCAGGUAGAAGCAUUUUUUAA